CUAAGUACCAUAAUGCGUUUGGUUUCCAUUGGUGUGCAGAGAGGUAGGCAUCGUCUCUCAUGGACAACGAUGCACACCAAAGUUCAGUACUUUCUUCAGGGACUACACAACACCAACAGGCACCAAGUUCUCUCUCAAAUAUUCAUGGAAGAAUUCACAAACUCCAAGCCUCUAUUUGGAAUGCAUAUAACAAGAAACCAAUACACCAUUGGAUACUGCUACUCUUAAGUAGCCUUGCCAUGCUUGUUGCCUUCCCUGCUUCGACCCUCCUCUCUCGCCUCUACUACUCCAAUGGAGGCACCAGCCGGUGGAUACUCUCUUGGGUCGCAGUGGCAGGGUGGCCUCUAACCUCUCUCUUCCUCCUCCCUCUCUACCUGAGGCCCAAUAUUUCGCCAACCCCUCUCUCUCUAAAGCUUUCUCUCUCUUACAUUGGACUCGGAUUUCUCAGUGCUGCCGAUAACCUCAUGUUUGCUUGGGCCUUCUCUUACCUCCCAGCCUCUACAGCCUCUCUCCUUUCUUCAACUUCUCUUGCUUUCUCUGCAAUUUUCGGUUACUUAUUGGUGAAGAACAAGCUGAACCUCUCAACUAUCAAUUCAAUAGUGAUAAUCAUGGCUGGAGCAGUUAUCAUAGCACUGGACUCAAGCUCGGAUAGGCCUCCGGGUGUCAGUAAAGGCCAAUAUGCCUUAGGCUUCUUAUGGGACAUAUUGGGUUCAGCCCUUCAUGGCCUCAUCUUUGCUCUAUCAGAGCUGGUUUUUGUUAAGUUAAUGGGGAGAAGGUCCUUCCAUGUGGUGCUCGAGCAGCAGGUCAUGGUCUCGUUCUUUGGGUUUGUGUUUACUACUAUUGGGGUGGUUUUGAACAAUGAUUUCAAAGCGAUGAGAAAAGCGGCAAGAACUUUUAAGAAUGGAGAGGUCUCAUAUAUCAUGGUGCUUUUAUGGGGUGCCAUUACAUUUCAAUUAGGGGUUCUUGGUGGAACUGCUGUUCUUUUUCUUACAUCAACUGUAAUGGCUGGAGUUCUUAAUGCAGUGCGAGUUCCUCUCACUAGCGUGGCAGCCGUUGUGGUUUUUCAUGACCCCAUGAGUGGUUUCAAGAUCCUUUCACUGGUUUUGACAGUUUGGGGGUUUGGAUGCUAUAUCUAUGGCAACUCUCCUGAAACCAAAUCCUCUUAGGCAUUGUUCCUUUGUUUCUUCAAUCUUGUAGUCUACUUCGUGUAAUUAAAAUGUAUUGGGUAGCGAAUUAUAUGAAGAUGAUUCAUGUAA